GACAGCAGUGGUCGUGCUGUUCCAAGGCACAUCAAAGCAGCGGUCGCACCACAGGAUUUGAGUGCGCAGCAGCAAGCGUCUGCUAAGAUGCGUAUUGGUGCCGCUGUUGAACAGAUUUCAGACUGUAGAGUCCGCGCACUAUUGCCCAACGACGAAUUAACCGCUAUCAGGGGCAACUGUUUACAUAUAUGCCGAGAUCUUAUCCGUGGUUUCGGGCAAGAAGGCUAUCCGUUAAAUACAUGUUUUGGGAUAUUGUAA